AUGUUCGACGAGACGAAAGUUCAGGCUCUACUCGAGUCUCAUCCAAGCGACAACGUGACAAAAGGCCCCAAAUAUUUGACGCGAUGCGCGCGCGUCUGGGACCCCAAACACCCUGCAAAAACAGGCCUCAUACCACCAUAUCACUGGAGGCACACUCCGAUCCUUCAAGCUCGCCUACUUUACAGGGACAUGCCGCCCGCCCCCCGUGGCGCUGGUUGCUCCCGUAUCAUUAAAUAUGAACCCCCACGAGGGUUCAUCGUCCCGAAAUUCUCCACGUAUGAUGGAUCCAACGAUCCCUUUGAUCACAUAAUGCAUUAUCGGCAGCUCAUGACCCUUGAUAUAGGGAAUGAUAUGCUGUUGUGCAAAGUUUUCCCAGCCAACCUACAAGGCCAGGCUCUUUCGUGGUUUCAUCGACUGCCCACGAACUCGAUUGACAAUUUUCGGGAUCUGUCCGAGGUCUUCGUAGGGCAGUACUUAUGCUCAGCCAGGCAUAAGCAAAAUAUCAGCACCUUGCAAAACAUCAAAAUGCAAGAAAAUGAAACUCUGAGAGAGUUCGUGAAGCGCUUCGGACAAGCUGUCCUACAAGUAGAAUCGUACAGCAUGGACGCGGUCCUCCAAAUUUUUAAGCGGAUCAUAUGCCUAAGGACCCCCUUCUUCGAGUCCCUAGCUAAAAAACCUCUUACAACCAUGGACGAUUUAUUCCGGCGUGUGAGUAAAUACUCCAUGCUAGAGAAUGACAUCCAUGCCGCUACACAGCAAGUCCUAGUAGUUGGCCAAGUCGCUAAAAGUGGAGCCACCAAAAGCUUCAAAGCACCCAACCAUCCUGGGUUGUCCGACAUGGGGCAAGAUGAGCAGCGCCCGCCACUCAUUCGAACACCUCUCACCAAGUCGUACGAAAAACUGCUUCCUAUAAUCCGCGAUCUGCCCGGCUUCAGAUGGCCAGUACCAAUAAGAUCGAACCCCUCAGAAAGGAACAGCAGCAAAAGAUGUGAUUACCAUAAAGAUCAUAGGCACACAACUGAAACGUGCAUAAGCCUCCAUUACAUGGUGGAGAAUCUCCUAAAGGCAAGACACUUGAAGCAGUAUGUCCGAACAGCGCCUAAAGGUGAAGGAUCUUCCCAUGAUCGAGGCCCACGUGCCCCAGCGGCUCCUAUUAGGGUAGUAAUCAACUACAUAUACGGAGGACCCUUGGAUGACGAGUACAACUCCAAAAGGAAAAGGCAGAGAUUGCUGCGAGCAGCCACGGUUCGGGAGCACGUAAGAUCUAUUCAGCCGGGAUUAGCCAGUGGGGGCAUCCACCCCAUAAAUGGAAUCAUUGUUUUCCCAGCUGUGGAUCCAUCCCGAGUGCUACAACCACAUCGAGAUGUUCUCAUCCUAAUAUUAGGGGUUGGAGACUUCGAUGUGAAAAGAAUCCUGGUCGACCCAGGUAGCUCCGCGAACCUGUUGCAGGUGGCGGUCAUCAAACAAAUGGGUUUCAUAUCCUCUAGCCUGGAGAAUCCUAGAAGAACCCUGUCCGGAUUCAAUGGUUCUUCCAUAACCUCACUUGGGGAUGCAAUACUGCCGGUUCAAGCCGGGCCAGUCAUCCUAAACGUUCUAUUUUCUGUGGUUGAGGAUUUAUCCCCUUUCAAUGCCAUCUUAGGACGCACGUGGUUGCACAGAAUAAAAGUCAUUCCAUCCACAUACCAUCAAAUGGUCAACUUCAUCACCCAAAAUGGGCAAAUUAAUCUUUACGGAAGCCAGCUCGCUGCCUGGCAAUGUUAUCAAAUCACUCGCGAGGCCGGACCCAGCGUCGACCGCGAGCACUCCCCCAAAGAAGCAAAUGCUUCUAACCAAUAG